AUGCCUGUUGUUACAGAUCCAUAUGAGUUCAAUCUUUCACAAUUACGAUUUAUCUCUGGUUCAUUUAGCAAAGAUCUGAACAGUAGAAGCCUGUUGGCAGAGUGUGUUGGUGAAGAUAUAGAAGAUUUGGAACAUACACCAAAAGCUGAAUUUGAAGGUUACUUUAAAGUGACAAAUGUGAUACAUCGUGGUUCCCACCAUCUUCUCCUGAAGGCCUUGAAGAGUAAGACAAGAUUGAGAGGUGAAAAAAGGGGCUAUUUGCUACAAGAUCACCACAACGUCCAUUCCCAAAUUGGUCAUAUAGUCACAAAAGCGUAUAACAGAGUGCUUGAGAAGCCAACUCCUGAAACUAGAGAAGCAGGAGUUACAAGUAACAUGCACUUUUUUGAUUCAGAUGGCAUGAACAAGAAGUAUGACACCCCUGAACAAAGCACUGAAGUUCGUCUAUCGCCUCGCAAGUCGAUAUGGUCUUCGGGGGUUCAACGAGGCCAGAGAGGAAGGUGGUUGAAGCAACGAGGAUGCGCCCAUCCGGCUGCUAGGUGCGAAGGAGGAUCGACUGGUGACAUUGUGGGUCGAUGGGUCGUAGUGGCUGGCAAAUCGCAAGAAGGGGUGAGGGGUUCGACGAUAUCUAACCAAGCAUGCCGCAAUUGUUGGGAAAGAUUCUUUGUGUUCAUCUGA